UGUAAUUUGAAGCACAAUUACAAUUUUUGUAGAUGAAUUCAAUUGCGGAUAAUUAACCCAAAAUAAAUAAACAUUAUAUUUUUUUUAAAGAAUUGUUACAUAAGAAAGUACCAUAAUUCAUGUACAAAGUCUUAUAAAUUAAUUAUUUACCUGAUAUAGCAAGUAAUAAUGCUAUAUAGUGCACCUACGCUUAUACUAAUUAUAACAUAGCGGCGGGGGUAGAUAGGUGAGGCUCCCCUGAAAUAUGCGAGGGUUGAGGGAGAUGGUGAAUAUACGCAUAAUAGCUUGAUAUUCAAUUGACUGCAACCGUGAUCCGGCACUGUGAAAACUAUUGCAUUCGCUAGUGCAUGUGUCGUUAGUGUAUCCCAAAUUAUAAGUCGUAAUAAUUUCGAUAUUAACAAAUAUGGAUAACUGGAAAGUUGAAUUAAAAGUUUUUGCUGUGGAUUUUUUAAAUUGGUCCAUAGUACUCACAUGUUUAUUUUUAAAAGUUCCUCAAAUCUUUCACUUAAAUAACAAGCGGCCAAGUGAAAUUAAAGGCAUAAGUCUUCAUGCUAUUGCAAUGGAAAUUGUGGGAUACUCUAUAAUGGCAUUGUAUAAUUUUAAAAAUAAGUACACAUUAGUUACUUAUCUGGAAUACUUAGCUCUACUGAUUCAGGAGUACAUAAUGUUGUUUUAUGUACUAAGAGCAAAAGGAUACCUAGCUAACAAGUACACAUCAAUGAUUUCUGGCACAUAUAUUGUAUCCGUAUCUGCAUUCUUGAUUGAAAUAAUACCUAAGGAGACCCUUAAUUAUCUUGUUCCAAUAUGUUUGCCUUUGAGUGGUGUUGCUAAGGUAACUUACAUUCGUGGAAUGAUGAAGGCAUCAAAUUCAGAUGCUAUAUCAAUUGAAACUUGGACCAUGUCAGCUUUAACUAAUGCCGGUCGCUUUUUCACUGUUUUCAUGGAUUCCGCUGACAAGCACCUGUUACUAAAUUAUUCAGUGUCGGCGAUAUUGAGUAGUGCCGUAUUGGGAACAGCGGCUUAUUAUCAACUGCAGGCGCAAACACCGAUGAUUUCAACCCGCCGUCGUGAGCCGUCUGUACGUCGUCACUACCACGUCGAUUAAGGCAAAAAUACACGCGAUCGAAAUUGAAUUGUAACGGUCAACGGAUAUUAGGUCAACAGUCUGUAGCUAUAGUAAUGCAAUCGUUGUUUAUGUGUAGUAAAUAAAAUGAUCUGUUUUCUUACUUUACUGAUUUAACGAAACGGACAACGUGUUGUUAAAAAUAUUACCUUUAGUGUAUGUUGGUAGUUGAAGCACGCUCUACAUUUUUGGGUAGUCUGCUUUAGUUAUGGUAUUUUAUUUGUUACUAUUAUUAUAGUUUAUUAAUUAUUGCUCAUGUAAUAUAAAAGACAAUCAUACACUAUAGUAUGCUUUUAAAAGUACAAUUGUAUAUCGAUUUUGUUACUAAAUUUAUCGUAUUUAUUAAAGCCUAGUCAAAACUCGAAUUUAAUGUUGGUUGAAAAUUUUGUCUCGAUUAUUCAUGAAGUUCUGCGUAAAAUAAUAUAAUAUGCAGAGUUUAUAUACAUUGUAUUAUCUCUCUCUCGAGUUUAUAGCUAUAUAACUAGUCAUUUAGGUAGUUAAAUAAUAAUAAAAAUUUAACGUUUUAUGCAUUUAUUUAGUUUUCAAUGUUAUGAAUUUUUUAAACGUAGUUUAAGUUUAUGUGUCUUGUCUUUUGCCUUUUUCCUUAAGUGUGGCCUUAUUGGCGCUAUAAAUAAAUAUUCACCAGAAAUUCGGGUCUAUAAGUGUAGAACGAAAGUUUUAAAUAUUAAUCUAUGUAAAACAGAUCAAUAGAAAUAAAUAUUGGCACG